UAAACAAUGACAACAGAAAGACGAGCAGUGUUUUCAUAGGGGGAAAAAUGGAAGUUUUAUUAUUGCUCUGGAAGUAGUCGUAGGAAAUCAGCCAGUCUGCUCGAAAACGUCAAAUAGCGACUUUGCUUAUUUUGCCUUCUUCUGAAACAGUAUUUGCUUAAAAGCACGUUGAAAGCGUGUUUUAUUAGUUGCCAAGACACAAUCAUGAUGCCAACUCGGAACAACACAACCAGUGCCGCUCCAAACAUUAAAGUGAAAUACUCCAGGCUGGCAGACAGCGAUGAGGGCUACAUUGAUCUACAGUUCAAGAAAAGCCCACCAAAAGUACCCUACAAGGCUAUCGCCCUGGCAACUUUCCUAUUUCUGGUUGGCUCUUUAUUGAUUAUUGUUGGAUCACUGCUUUUGGCGGGAUACAUUCAUGUUAUGUACCCAGAUCGCACAAUUCCAGUAAUCAUCAUCGGCAUACUCAUCUUUCUUCCGGGAUUCUAUCACCUGCGGAUUGCUUUUUAUGCCUCCAAGGGGUACCGCGGUUACUCUUAUGAUGACAUCCCUGACUUUGAUGACUAAACCAAUCCAGACGUACUGAAUGCUGUUUACUUUGAGUUUUAGCUGCAACUGUUGCAUGAUUUGCCUUUGGACUGCCAUCCUGUAUUAACUCUGAGUUUCUCUAGAAGAGAAACUAUGGCAAAUGUUGGCCUGGCUAAGCUUAUUUGAGAGCUAAAUACCUUUAUUUAACCAAACAUAGAAGUGCAAUAUUUAGAAAAAUAGAGUAUUUAUUUAGCUAAAUCCAUAAAAAGCCAACCAAAGUAUGCUUAUAUUUUUGUAGCCUUUGGCAAAACUUUCUUCAAAGAAGUUUUCUAUAGUUUUAAAAGCUUUAAGAGGUACCAAGUGUUUUUUUUUAUAUAUAUCGCCUGUGUUAUUUUUAUAGUUUCCAUAGCGGUAUUUGUUUUGAUGUACUGGUUUUAUUCAGCUUUGUAUGUGGUUUGAAAAUGAUUGAAUAAAGUACUGAUGUUGA